AAUCCAAACAUGGUAUGAAACCUUCUUGCAGGUGGGAUGAGACCUUUCGUGUAAGCCAUGAUGUCAGAAGGAAGACAAAGAAGAAUGCAAGACAAUGAACGGAGCACGCACCGGUUUACGCUUGCUUACCUUCUCCUCCUGGCUUCACCGUGCACAUGCUUCCUCCCCAACUUCUGGUCACGGGUAUUGACGCUGUCCUGGGACUCGUACACACACCAGUACAUCACUGAGCAGGCCAUCCUCAAUGUGACCCUGGACACUCUGCAACAGCACCAAGGUCACCAUGAUGAGAAAAAGGACAGACUGGGACGAAGCUUCUGGAGGGCUGUGGGGGAGGUGGUUCACUCCAAUGCUGAAAUGGACUUCCUGAGCUCCACUAGGUCUGACCCCGUGUACCACUUUGAUUCCGAGCGGGUUGAGAGCGCAGUGGCAAUGCUGCGACAGUUCUGGGCUCAUACUCUGCUGUCAGUGCGGGCCAAUGAGUACCAAAGUGCUCGUCACAGCUUGGGACAACUAUUUCACUCCCUGCAGGACUUCUACAGUCACAGUAACUGGGUGGAGAUGGGCCAGCGCUCCAUUUACCUCCACUUGCUUCAGCCAAAGGAGCCAGCUAUCCCUGUAGCUGAAGGUGACACACCCACCUGCAUGGAGUGCUUUAGCGCCACCUGUCGAAAUAACCUCCUUCCAAGAUUGACAAGUACACAGAGGGACUCACAGCUGCUCACAACUGGCUACUUCAGCACAUUCCCUCCAAAACCUAAAGGCAAAUGCAGUCACGGAGGUAUGCUGGACAGUAGCCGCACUAUGGGGGCCAAAGGGGGCAUUAACAAAGACAGCACAUCACCUCUCUUCUCCCCUCAUCAUUACCUCCACGCGGAAGCAGCCAAGCUGGCCUCCGAAGAUACUCUGACUGUACUGAGAGAUCUCAGGGACACAGUGGGGCACAAGACCUUUCUCAGGCUUUUUAGCGUGAAGCAGGCACCCGCUCUGGUUUUUGUCAUUGACACCACAGGGAGCAUGUUUGAGGAAAUCACAGCGGCUCGAAUGCGGGCUUACUCCAUCAUUCAGAACCGAGCAGACCUUUCUGGCCGACCUGGAAGCUUCUUGCUGGUACCCUUCCAUGACCCCGAAGUCGGUCCGGUGUAUGAGACUGAUGACCCGAACCAGUUUAUGGAGCACAUGGAGAACUUGAUGGCCCUUGGAGGAGGAGAUGAACCAGAGAUGUGCUUAACAGCCAUUCAGGUGUGCAUGUGGGAUGAGACCUUUCGUUACAUCACUGAGCAGGCCAUCCUCAAUGUGACCCUGGACACUCUGCAACAGCACCAAGGUCACCAUGAUGAGAAAAAGGACAGACUGGGACGAAGCUUCUGGAGGGCUGUGGGGGAGGUGGUUCACUCCAAUGCUGAAAUGGACUUCCUGAGCUCCACUAGGUCUGACCCCGUGUACCACUUUGAUUCCGAGCGGGUUGAGAGCGCAGUGGCAAUGCUGCGACAGUUCUGGGCUCAUACUCUGCUGUCAGUGCGGGCCAAUGAGUACCAAAGUGCUCGUCACAGCUUGGGACAACUAUUUCACUCCCUGCAGGACUUCUACAGUCACAGUAACUGGGUGGAGAUGGGCCAGCGCUCCAUUUACCUCCACUUGCUUCAGCCAAAGGAGCCAGCUAUCCCUGUAGCUGAAGGUGACACACCCACCUGCAUGGAGUGCUUUAGCGCCACCUGUCGAAAUAACCUCCUUCCAAGAUUGACAAGUACACAGAGGGACUCACAGCUGCUCACAACUGGCUACUUCAGCACAUUCCCUCCAAAACCUAAAGGCAAAUGCAGUCACGGAGGUAUGCUGGACAGUAGCCGCACUAUGGGGGCCAAAGGGGGCAUUAACAAAGACAGCACAUCACCUCUCUUCUCCCCUCAUCAUUACCUCCACGCGGAAGCAGCCAAGCUGGCCUCCGAAGAUACUCUGACUGUACUGAGAGAUCUCAGGGACACAGUGGGGCACAAGACCUUUCUCAGGCUUUUUAGCGUGAAGCAGGCACCCGCUCUGGUUUUUGUCAUUGACACCACAGGGAGCAUGUUUGAGGAAAUCACAGCGGCUCGAAUGCGGGCUUACUCCAUCAUUCAGAACCGAGCAGACCUUUCUGGCCGACCUGGAAGCUUCUUGCUGGUACCCUUCCAUGACCCCGAAGUCGGUCCGGUGUAUGAGACUGAUGACCCGAACCAGUUUAUGGAGCACAUGGAGAACUUGAUGGCCCUUGGAGGAGGAGAUGAACCAGAGAUGUGCUUAACAGCCAUUCAGGUGUGCAUGUCUCCCUUUUGUGUCCGCCUCACGGGCCGAGACGGCGGGGGAAACAAGCUGGAAAGGGUCGCCACGGAAAUGGUGCAGCCCACUCGUGUUCAGAUACAGGUCCUUUCCACACCCGCUCUGGUACCUGGUCACAGCACCACUGUAGAUUUCAACAUCCUGAACCACGGCCCGGACAGACUCUUCAGUCUGACAGCUGAGGAUGAUUCUGGAUAUCUCCACACGAAAGGACCUCACAGGUUCCAUGUUGCUAGCGACAAACCUUUCCACAGUCAGGUGGGCCUUCACACACCUGCCUCAGCUCAGGCCGGAGCGACAGUUACGCUGACACUCUCAGUGUACGCUCUCGACUCUGCAGACACAAACUACGCGGUGGCCUACUUGACAGUGGUUCCACCUGACUCAGACACAUCUCCUCCAUCAUGCUCGGCCACUCGACUGCAGUCCUCCUGUUCUCCAGCUUGCAAUGAGUCCACCUGGAGCAUGUCACUGGCUGUGUCGGACAGCGGCCUUUCCGGACUGGCUGCUCUCCAACUACACAAGGGACAAGGGACUUUAACUUUAUUCCCACCGGUCACAGGGGGUAAACUGGGUGAGGCUCAUCCUGACCAACGUGUCCAGCACAAGGUCACAUUAGUGGAGCGAGAAGCCCCUUUGAACGUGUCCAGGUGGGAGCUGGGCUCAUCGGAGCCCCUGUGGGUGAACUAUACUUCCAGCUGUUGCUCGGUCCAGGCUGAGCUGCUGGUGUGGGACACUGCUGGAAACAUGAAGCGCUGCCAUCUUGCAUCUAGUCAGCAGAGGCAGCUGAGUGACACAAGGACAGAACAUAGUGGAGGUGGGCCUAUUACGCCCACUGGCUUCUCUUUCUUAAUGUUGCUUCGGCUCUGCUUUGAGCUGUUUUCCUAACAUCAUGCAGGUCAAAAAUUGCUGUUCCUUUUAGCAUAUUACAGCAGGAAUGAAGAAAAUAGAAUGCUGUUAUUGAAAAUGCACUGAAUAAACUGAAUUUAUUCUUUUA